CACUUUCUCUCUUUCUUCUACACACGCAUUUUUCCCCUAUCCUUACUUUCUCUCUUUCACCCUAACACACACACACAUUGUGAACAAACACAUACACACACACUACCAGGUGAGUAAACAGUGUGUUGCUGUACUUUGGAGCGGUGGAUUUGGCUCUCCGGCGCUGUGAGUUCAGGCUUUUCGGCUCUACAGUCAAAAAGCAGACGGAAAACGACAAGAUGGCCGGAUUUUGUUCGCUGGUUUUUAUUGCUGGUUUGCUGCUGGAAGUGUACGGACUGGCCGCUGAGGAAAACACAGGAGCUGUGUUUGUGUCUCAGCAGGCGGCGGAUACCGUGCUGCGUCGCCUGCGCAGGUACAACAGCGGUCAUCUUGAAGAAGUACUUCAGAAAGCCAACCUGGAGCGGGAGUGUAAAGAGGAAACCUGCACGAUGGAGGAGGCAAGGGAGGUGUUUGAGGAUGAUGACAAAACUAUGGUGUUCUGGGCCGGCUACAUUGAUGGUGACCAGUGUCAGCCACCCCCCUGCCAAAAUGGAGGUGACUGUGCAGAUGGAAUCAGCUCAUAUGUCUGCUGGUGCAAACCAGAUUUCAGCGGCAAGAACUGUGAGAUCGAGGUGGCCAAACAAUGUUCGGUCGACAAUGGUGGAUGUUCCCAUUUCUGUGUGAUGAAGGCGGAGAUACCGGUGUGUCAGUGUGCAGCUGGUUACAAACUGGGACCAGACAAGAGGAGCUGUGAAGCAACAGAACAAUUCAGCUGUGGUCGUGUGAACGGGUCCUCCACCUCCUCCACCAGGUCCAUCAUAACCCCGCGGUCAUCGAACACGACGCACGGCUCUGGGAGAAAAAACAAUUCCAGCGACACCCUGGAGGAUCGCCUUGACUUAGAGUUCAACGAUGAAUAUGAAUAUGCAUACUACGACCUCCACGCGAAUGAUUCAGACCUGUCCAACGUCUCUGUGGCCUCUGCUGCAGUGAAAAAACGAUCAGUGAGGUCGGACUCAAGCUCCUCUGAUGAUCCAGCGGAGGUCGUCGUGAACGGUAGGGAGGCGAGUGGUGUCACAGAGAAAGAUCAGCUGCCCUCCUGGGCUUUCCCCACACUCCCCACCAUCACAGAAGAGGAAAACACUAACCAGAGGAUUGUGGGAGGCAAUGAUGCCAUUCCUGGAGAGAUACCCUGGCAGGUGAGCCUGAUGUCUCACUCAGCCUCCCUUGGAAGAGCGGAGCCUUUCUGCGGAGGAUCUCUGCUCAGUGAAUUAUGGGUCAUCACCGCUGCCCAUUGCCUGACACAAGCUCGUAUCGCUAAACAGGGUUUCUUCGUGAGAGUGGGUGAACACGAUGUGAACCAGAGUGAGGGUCCAGAGCGAGACUGUGUGGUGGCAGAGCAGCAUCUCCACCACAUGUACAAUGAGAAGAAUUCACCGUACAACCAUGAUAUUGCACUACUGAAGCUCGCCAGUCCAGUGGAGCUGUCCAACCAGCGGCGUCCCAUCUGCCUGGGCCCCAAAGACUUUACAGAGAACCUACUGAGGGACUCAAGCAGCUCUCUGGUGAGCGGCUGGGGACAGAUCAAGUUCAGAGGCGUGCAGGCCGCCAAGCUUCAGAAGCUGGAGGUCCCCCACGUGGAUCGCACCCUGUGUAAACAGAGCAGCAGAGACCACGUCACCCGUUAUAUGUUCUGUGCUGGCUUCCGAAAUGAAAAGAAGGAUUCGUGUCAGGGGGACAGCGGGGGGCCGCAUGCCUCCAAUUAUAAAGGCACUUGGUUCCUGACGGGUAUCGUCAGCUGGGGGGAGGAGUGUGCCAUGGACGGCAAGUAUGGCAUCUACACUCGAGUCUCGCGGUACUACCCGUGGAUCAGUCAGAAGACAGGGCUCCGAAUUAACAACAAAUGACAAAUGGGAGUAAAGGAAUAACACAGCUGGCAGGAAGUGAAAGUUUUUCUUCUCCUGAAUCAUGUUAAUUUGGAUUGUUCAAUAAAAAGUAAUUAGAAUAUCGGGAGUAUUUGAAUGUUUCUGAUGAAAUAUCGCAAAAUAAUACCUCGUAGCUCUUCAUCCAAUGUUUGAAUUAGAGUUGUAUGAAAAAGGGAAAAUAUUAAAUGCAAUCUUGAGAUGCUAAAGCAAAUGUAAAA